AAGUUGCUUUAAGCAGUGCCGACUCAUCGCUGAAAAGAUCUUUACCAAAACAUCUUUAUAGCCUUAUUACACCAGAUCCUUCAAAGUUUCCUUUAUCAACCAACAACGUACCACUAAUUCUUCAUCUUACAAUAUGAUUAUAACAUUAAAAAACUUGCAGCAGCAGACUUUUACAGUAGAAAUUGAUCCAUCGCAAACAGUAAGAGAUUUAAAGCAAAAAAUUGAAACUCAAAAAGGUUUUCCUGCUAAAUAUCAGAAGUUAAUAUAUGCUGGAAAAAUAUUAACAGAUGAUCAUCCAUUAGCAGAAUAUAAUAUAGAUGAAAAAAAGUUUAUAGUUGUUAUGGUAACAAAACUUAAGACUGGUAAUGGUCAUACAACAACCGAUGAAGAACAUACAAGUGCAGAUAAUAAAGAAGAAAGUAGUACAACUAGCUUAGUAGCACAACCUAGUUCAAAUCCUACAGUUCAGGGUGCAUCAAGCCCUGGUAAUAUUAUACAAGAACAGUCUGAAGCAAGUACUACUGCUGGAUGUGUUGGAGGUCAAGCUGAAAGUGCCUUGUUAAUGGGUGAAGAUUAUAAUACUAUGGUGAACAAUAUUGUGGAUAUGGGGUAUGAAAGAGAACAAGUUGAACAAGCAUUAAGAGCAAGUUUCAACAAUCCUGAUAGAGCUGUUGAAUAUCUUCUAACAGGAAUACCAGCUCAACUUUUUGAAGAUUUACCAGAAGAUCAACUUGAAGCACAAGAACAACUUCAAGAUCAUGGUCAACAUCCAUUGGCAUUCUUACGAAUGCAACCUCAAUUUCAACAAAUGCGACAAGUUAUUCAACAAAAUCCUCAGUUAUUAAAUGCUGUAUUACAACAAAUUGGUCAAACAAAUCCUGCAUUGUUACAACUUAUUUCACAAAAUCAAGAAGCAUUUGUGCGUAUGCUUAAUGAACCUGUAGUGGAAACUACUGGUGGUACUGGAGGAAGAACUACACCUGUAUCUGCCUCUACUGUUACACCAGCAACUGCUCCUGGUGGUAUAAGUGGAGGACUUGGCGCAGGUAUAGGAACAGGAUCAGAUGUAGAAACUUCGGUAAUUCAGGUAACACCUCAGGAUAAAGAAGCUAUUGAGAGGUUGAAGGCACUAGGAUUUCCGGAACAUUUAGUCGUACAAGCCUAUUUUGCGUGUGAAAAAAAUGAAAAUCUUGCUGCUAAUUUUUUGUUAUCACAAAGUCUUGAUGACUGAAGUAAUAUACUUCAUUGAUUUCAUAAUAAGGAGUUAAAGGACUGAUAUAGGGUGGGUAAUUACACAGGCAUUUUUUUACUUUCAACUGGUCAUCUUUACUUUGUAUAUAAUUAUAUGCACACAUAUUUAUUAUAUUAAUUCUCUAGUUAGUUGUUAAUCUUAUAUUGGCAUUAUUUGAUAAAUGAUAAAAUUUUAUUGAGAGUAUAUAUCAGACUAUUUCAUGUGUUAAAUUUUUUGUAGCUUUAAAUUGUGUAUUUCAAAAUAUAUAAAUUUACAACUUUUUUUAAGUAUUUUGCGAUUAAAGUUUGCUAUUUUGCUAUUAAGUGUUAUAUCCAUCCUUGCAGUCUAAAAAUUACUCUUUGGCAAAACUUUCUGUUUUUUGAAUAUAUGGAACAGUGUAAUUACAUUUUUAUAUAAGAAAGCCUGCUUGUUUUAUGAAUUAUGAUAUACAAAGAUAUAAAUACUUUGUAUUUAUAUAUGAAGAUAUUGUACAAUUACACAUACAUAUAAAUUUGUAUACACAAGUAAAGAUAUAUGUGUAUUCAAAAUAUAUGUAUGACAAGCAUAUUUUGUACAUUUGAUAGGCUUUCUAAUAUAAAAAUUAUGUAAGUGCAUCCGUAUAUGUAUGAUUGCAUAUGUAUAUAUGUGUGUACUUGCGUAUAACUUGCGCCUAUGUAUGUAUGUAUAAAAAAAAGUCUUGUAUUUUUUAAACAAAAGUGGCGAAAAUAGUUAUUCAUUAAUAACACAUUAUAAGUCAUUUCAUUUGUCACAAAAUAACAAAAUGUAAGAAAUUUUGAAGUGAAAAAAAAAUGAAAAGUUAAGUAACAUAUA